GCGUUGACGGCGAAGAUGAACCUUGUCAAUGAUGCAAUUGACCAAAUUGGAUUCACUCCUUACCACUGGAAGCUUUUCUUCCUCAAUGGAUUCGGGUACGGAGUCGAUUCGCUUUUGCUAUUCCUGAUGAGCAUCUCCGCUGACCAGGUCGUUGCGCAAUACUCGCCGGGAUUCAAAAGAGGUGCACAGGUAGGGUUUUACCUGGCUUUGUUGGUCGGGGCCUUGUUUUGGGGGAGUACGGCAGAUAUCAUCGGACGGAAAUGGGCCUUCAAUUUUUCGCUACUGAUUAGCGCUAUCUUUGCUCUUUCGGCUGGGGCUGCUCCAAAUUAUGUCGGCUGGGCUAUUAUGGUAGCCAUCUCUGCCUUUGGGUCGGGAGGUAAUCUGGUCCUAGAUACCACAGUCUUCUUGGAGUAUCUGCCAUCGAAUAAGCAAUGGUUGCUUACCCUGCUCGCUGGAUGGUGGGGAGUCGGCCAGACUGUUGCUGGUCUUAUUGCAUGGCCGUUUAUGGCGGACUAUAGCUGCCCCCUCGACAGCUCCAUCCCGUGUAACAAUAGCAACAACAUGGGCUGGCGAUAUCUAUUUUAUACAUGUGGUGCCCUUGUUUUCGCCCUUAGCAUGUGCCGGGUGCUGGUUAUCCGCUUCCACGAAACCCCCAAGUUUCUUCUCUGUCAAGGCCGCGACGAAGAUGUUAUGAAGACCCUCGACGACCUUGCCCGCAAGUAUGGCCGCGAAUGCACCCUCACCCUGGAUCAGCUUCGGGUGCAUGGGGUAAUUCAGAGCGCCCACGCGAAGACUCGAGCUUCGUUUUCUGAACUGUGGGUUCAUAUCAAGGGCUUGUUCGCUACCAAGACGAUGAGUGUCUCGACAUUACUGGUCUGGUUCUCUUGGGCACUUAUUGGGCUUGGCUAUGCUUUGUACUAUGUCUACCUUCCAGAGUACCUUGCAUCUCGAGGAUCCGAUACCGGGUCAAGUUCGACUUAUAUCACCUGGCGGAAUUAUGCCAUCACCAAUCUAUGUGCUAUUCCAGGUCCCAUUAUCGCAGGGUUCUUGUGUGAAACAAAGCUCUUCGGCCGCAAGCGAACAAUGACCCUAGGGGCCUUUAUCACUAUGAUAUUCUUUUUUGGAUACACGGCAGUGAAGACCCCGGCUCAGAACAUCGGGUUCUCCUCCGCAAUCUCCGUUUCCAUCAACAUCUACUACGCCACUCUUUACGCGUACACGGUUGAGAUUCUGCCUUCAGCGCAUCGCGGCACGGGGAACGGUAUCGCAGUCUCGCUUAAUCGGUUGAUGGGCAUGGUAUCUGCCCUGAUUGGCGCUUUUACAUCCACGGCUAGCUCCGUCCCCAUCUACGUCUGUGCUGCUCUGCUGGGGGUCUGUGGCAUACUCUCGCUGUUCUUCCCGCUUGAAUCGCGAGGACGAAAGAGUAUCUAG